UCUCUCUCUUUCGCUCUCUCUCUCUCCCUGACAUCGGGGUUUUCUGUCUUACAGUAAGCGCCUGGCACUGACAAUGUGGACAUCAGCGGGGAAUAUAUAGUGUAUCAUCUAAAUUCGCAUCGUGAUAUCAGCGCAUUCAACUUCAUUAUUACCAGAGUGGUGAGUGGAAGGAGAGAGUCCUGCCUUCCCCCCUCCCUGCCCAUUCCAUCAUCCGUAGAGCAUCUUUCAUGCGUCUCCCUGGGCCCGAAUCCCACGUCAGGAUGAACUGUGAGCAGGAUUUUGGAGAUGGAGGCAUGAACGUCACUCUAACUCUCCGGCUGCUCAUGCACGGCAAGGAGGUCGGCAGCAUCAUAGGCAAGAAAGGAGAGACGGUGAAGAGGAUACGAGAGGAGAGCAGUGCACGUAUCAAUAUCUCAGAAGGCUCGUGCCCGGAGAGAAUCAUCACCAUCACUGGCGCUACAGAGUGUGUGUUUAGAGCCUUCACUAUGAUCACAAUCAAACUGGAGGAGGACUUGGCUGCUCUUGUGGCGAACGGCACAGUCACCAGUAAGCCUCCAGUCACGCUGCGGCUGGUCAUCCCAGCCAGCCAGUGCGGUUCCCUCAUAGGCAAGGGCGGCUCCAAAAUCAAAGAGAUCAGAGAGAAAACAGGGGCUCAGGUACAGGUGGCGGGAGAUCUGCUGCCUAACUCCACAGAGAGAGGUGUGACGAUAUCUGGCAGUCAGGACGCCAUCAUCCAGUGUGUCAAGCUCAUCUGCACUGUAAUACUGGAGUCUCCUCCAAAGGGUGCUACAAUUCCGUACCGCCCCACUCCUGCUCCAGGCGCGGUGCUCCUUGCUGGAAAUCAGGUUUUCGAAACAUCAGAGUUUGCGUCUCACCCGCUUUUCUCAGUGGCUCAGGGAGGGCUGGAUCUGCAACAAGCUUAUACUGUACAAAACCAAUACGGCAUUCCACACUCAGAGUUGGCCAAGUUGCACCAGUUGUCCAUGCAGCAGGGUCUUGCCCCCAUAGCUCAACCCACGGCCACCCCAGUUCUGCCUGCAGGCAUCGAGUCCAGUUCCCAGACAGCAUCACAAGAACUUCUCAUUCCAAAUGACCUGAUUGGUUCAAUAAUCGGCAGACAGGGUACAAAAAUCAACGAAAUCCGCCAGGUGUCAGGAGCUCAGAUCAAGAUUGGCAGUCAACUGGACAGCACCAGUGACCGACAUGUCACCAUCACAGGCUCCCCAAUCAGCAUCAACUUGGCCCAGUAUCUAAUCACAUCCUGUUUAGAGACCGCCAAAUCCACUGCCCAGUCCUCCUCCAUGUCGACCCCUGUAGACCUCAACAUGAGCUUCACCCAGACUGCUCCCCCUGCAUCGUCCUCUGCCGCAGCCCUGGCAGCGAUGGGCGGCCUGCCCCACGCUCCAAUCUUGGGCGCCCCCUAUACCCUCCCCCUCUCCAGCCUCCUGGGAAUCAAAUCCGUCCCCUUCCUGGCACUCUCGGCCCCCGCUGCCACGGCCGCCGCAGCCGCCGCCGCCCCCGCCCAUGGCACCUUGGCCUCCUACACCGCCAAGAUCUCCUCGGCCAACGGCAUCAAGAAACCAGAGCGACAGAAGUUUGCGCCCUACUGAAGAGGAACUACCGAGUACCUCCUUUGUUUCCGAGAGGGGAAUACUUUGAGGGGUCUUCUCUUCUAGCCUGAUGUAGCGGUGUAGAAACAGACAGUACCAAUUUCAUUUCUUUUCGGUUUAGUAGCUUGUCCUGGAAACCUGUAGGAAAAUAAUAGCAUAAAUUUACGUUUUUGUUUUUUGGUUUUUGUUUUGGCUGAGGUAGCCGCUAAAGCCAUAGACUAUUCCUAAUCUCCUCUUUUCCCGAAAUCUUUACACACGUUUAUUGUCUGCUCUUAUUUAUUGAUAACAACGAAAUAUUCCCGCAAAGAGUUUAUAACGUAGAACACUGUUGACUGAUGCUAAUCUCUUACGUAUCAGCUUUUAUACAAUGAUGUCUGUGAAUGCUUCUGUAUACAACUUCCUGAUUUUUUUAGAAAUCUUUAAAUGAUGUAUUAUUAAAACAAAAUAUGAAAAAAAGAAAAUGUUUUUAAAAACGACAACAGAUCUAAACCUUGCUUUUGUGUUACAUUUUUACGUUUCGUUCACAUUCGUUUUGAAAUGUUAUUUAUUUUAUUUAUUGUGCCGAGUGUUUCUUUUACAGUCGAUGUUUGUUUUCUGUAACGGCUGCAGGUAAAAAAAAAAUCUUUUCAAAUUUCUUCCAUUCGAUCAUGGUUACAUAUGUCCUGAAAAAGUAACCACGAACAAGAUAGCUGUUAAGUAGUGAGUUUCUUUACUUUCUAUGGGAAGUGCCACGGUGAAUUCUGAUGUGAUUAAAUGUCCAAA